GAUGGACUAUUUUGGCCAACAUGUGUAAGUACAGUGUGUGUGUAGACAGGUCCCGCUCAUUCUAAUUAGCUAUUUAGACCUGGAUGUUUUAUGAUGUUGCUUCCCUCUGUCGCAAUCUUCUUUUUCUUCUAGAAAAAAACUAGACCCCCCCCAACCUCCCUCUCCUUCUUUUCCGUCCGGUGCAACAAAAAAAAAGAUACAAACAUAGUAAAUAUAAGUAAGUUUUAGCAUGAAAUACAACAGGGGUUUAUACUCAAUAUACCCCUGUUGUGACAGUAAAAUCUUCCCCACACUAGAGGCUCUCAGCCUGUAUCUGUUUCCUCAGUUGUUGGACAGGACAAGUUAGAAAGAAAAAAAAAAGAAAGAAAUGGUACCAGCCGAUCCUGCUUAACAUUUUGUAAUGGAGAUGCUAAAAAGUCCAGUCUGGUCUGGACAGCUCAGUGGAAACAAGGUUUUUAUCUUAUUUCCCCUGCUUUUUUCAUGUUUAUACUGAUCAAUUCUUCAAAUUUUACAAUUCUUUCAUUUCGUUUAUGCAGUCAAUGUUUUUAAAAAUGCAGUUUGGUAGAAAAAAAUAAAGUAAUAAUCUGGAAUAUAAUUUGAGAAGUAUCCUUCAAUUCAGUUUGGAUCAGAACUUCCAUGAACUUGUCAUGAAGGAUGAAUCUCUGAGAUCCACGUCUGCUCCUCUGGACAGAACCUCUGCAGGUCCAGAACCUUCAGAAGGUCAAACUGAGGAGUGUGUGGACUUGUUUGUUGAAGCGGCGUCGGAAGUGGAGCGAAACGCCCCUUACUUCCUGUCUGAAGGGUUUCAGGGGAAAGUGAGGUUUCCUCAGCUGCAGACGAGCUGUUGCCACAGUCGUGAUGCAGUUCAUGUCUGUUCACAUGCAGACAGGCUUCUGCUGGAUGGAAACAUACAAACUUUGCUUUCUGCUGCUUCUCUCCAACGCUGAAGGUUCUCGAGAACGGUUCCAUAAGAUCCUUCAUCAUCAGCCGGAUGUGACUCCAGUUUGCAGAAACGAUUCCAGUAACGCCAUCAUAAUGACAGUCUGCUGGAUCCACACCAAGGGGGGGCGCUGCCGCCUGACCUUCAGACCUGGACGCAGCUCUGACCCUGAAUGUGGCUCCAAGUUCCAGAUGAUGGUGGAGAACCAGACAGUGUUCCUGCAGCUGAGCUCUCUGGGAGCCGAGGAUAGCGGGAACAGCAACUGCGAGUGUUCCCACGCUGAAGGAACCACCAACGUGGAGCUGGACUUCACCGUGGUCACCACAGGGAAUAGAACCAACGACUCGUUUCCAGAACUACCCAAUAUCCAUCAAAACAGUUUUCACGGGGUGCUGAUUCUGGUGCUGAUUCUGGUGCUGGCUUCAGGAGUGGUGCUGUUUCUGCAGAUGAUCGUCUCUCAGAGAAGGAGGGAGAACGUCUGUCCGAAGCUGCGUUUGCAUCGUUUACCCAGCAGGAGGCGACAGACACCAAACAGCAGCCCUCCACAGACGGUGGUGGAGGACAUCGAGCCGUACGACGUGUUCCAGCAGAAGGAGAACGUUCUGUAUUUAUCCUCUAGAGCCCACAGUUGCAGCACCAUCAGCAGCGUCCUCACCUGACAGCCGUACAUCACACACAGAUGACUUUCUCUGUUGAAGAAGUUCGGUGUGUUUCUGUUUGAAUGACAAACCUGAGCAGAAUAAAUUCUAAUGAAAAAGGUG